UCAGUCUUUUCACCAUCUAAAGCUUUCUACUGCUCACUUUCAGCAAAAAUGGCGUUAAGUGCAGCGAUGCUACGGACCGGCGGGACCAUCGCCGGCGUUAACUCCGGUCUCCGACGAUUUCUUCACAUCACGGCCCGACCUUCGCCUCUAGAUAGCGUGGUUAAUCAGCCGACGGCUACAUCACCGUCGUUGGUUUUGCCUGAAAAUGAUAAUAAGAACAACAGUAACAGUAACAUAGGAUAUAUGUUUCCAAAUUCACCUGUCAUUGGUGGGUCCAUGGAGCUUAUGGCUGUUCCUAAAAAGAAGGUUUCCCCUCACAAGAGAGGCAUAAGGAAUGGACCAAAGGCUCUAAAACCCAUUCCAGUGAUUAUUCGAUGCAAUUUCCUUUUCCUUGUUUCAAGUACCACAGGUAUGAAUAAUAACACUGUUGACAACAUGUUGAUGCAAACAACUUGCAGUGCUUGUGGUCGAGUCAAAUUGCCACAUUUCUUUUGUUGCAGUGGGAUUAAGCAGAAUCUUGGUGAAGAGAACAACUCGGCCGGUUGAUCAAAUUUAAGGAAACAUCCAACAUAUCUAAAUCCUUUUCUUUCUGUUUCCUUUUCCUUGUUUCAAGUACCACAGGUAUGAAUAAUAACACUGUUGACAACAUGUUGAUGCAAACAACUUGCAGUGCUUGUGGUCGAGUCAAAUUGCCACAUUUCUUUUGUUGCAGUGGGAUUAAGCAGAAUCUUGGUGAAGAGAACAACUCGGCCGGUUGAUCAAAUUUAAGGAAACAUCCAACAUAUCUAAAUCCUUUUCUUUCUGGUAGAAUCUUCAAUUAGAAACUCUAGGAAAAACUCAUAUCAUACCGCAUUCUGUAACAAUAGUAUAGUUGUUGCAGCAUAUACUCAAUUGCAUGUUAAGUAGAUAGCCUCUUUGGUGCUAUUUUUUUUUUUUUUGGAUAAGCAGGGAUCUAUUAUAUUAUACUAAUGAUAUAAGGUAGUAGCUACAUUGA